AUGAUCGGCGACAAAACCAUAAGGCCAAGGCAACGGCGGAGGCUGCGAGAUAUCCUCUGCUGCGCAGGGCUUGUCUUGAUUAUCUACUGUUUCUUCUUGGCUGGGCAAACGCCCAAAGGGAGCCAACAUGGGACCUCCGCCAUCUUCCAGGGCUCUCACGGCGGCCUGCAUCCUCCAGAGCUUUUGAACAGCCUCUCCCUUACGACCUCACAAUGCGAAGCCGCGUUCCCGAACCUAACCUGGUCCAUCGACGACGUCGUCUCACAGGGACCCUUCACUCUUACCCCAAAGGCAGCACCGGUGUUAGGACGUAUUGAAAUGGGCCAGUUGCAUGUCCUCAAAUCUCAGCGCAAGAACGAGCUCUCAGACGAGAUGCUCAACUCCCGCACCGCGUCGCUGCACCAGAUCCACCGCGCCAUGCUAACUGCACCGCCCUCCGAGCCCGUUCCGGACACGGUCUUCGCGCUGAAUUUCCAGGACCAGCCGUUCGGCACGGCCUGGGCCUAUUCAAGACAAGCCGAUCCCAACUCGCGGCCCGGCUUCGACGACGGAAACGCUAAUGCGCGGACGUUCCUGAUGCCACACUUCUCCUUCUGGGCGUGGAAGCUGCCCUUCAUCGGCUCCAUGGGCAGGGCAGCCAAGGCCAUCGCGGAGAUCGAGACCAAGCUGCACCCGACGUUCAAGUCCAAGAUCCCCAAGGCGGUGUGGCGCGGGACGACGUGGUUCAACAGCGUGCAUAACCCGCGCCUGCGCGCCAACCUGCUCGCUGCGGCCAAGGACAAGCCCUGGGCGGACGUGGAGGCGCUGGUGUGGGACGGCGGCAAGGACGGCAAGGCCGGGCGGACGGCGACCAAUAGCUUGCCCAUCGAGGACUUCUGCAAGUACAGGUACAUACUGCACACCGAGGGCGUCACGUACAGCGGGCGGUUUCAGUUCCUGCAGAUGUGCGCGAGCGUGGUCAUCACGCCGCCUAUCGGCUGGAUGCAGCAUGUCACGCACCUGGUCCGGCCGGUGUUUUCGCACGCCCUGCCGGGGCUGGAGGGAUCCUGGACCCCCGGUGCCAUGACGAGCAGGUCAUGGGCGGACGGUUAUGGGCCCGAGGAAGCUAACAUUGUGUUCGUGAAGCCGGACUGGUCGGACCUGGACGACGUGGUUGGCUGGCUGGAGGGCCACCCCGACGUGGCUGAGGGCAUCGCGCGACGGCAGCGGAGCUUGUUCGCGGAUGGGGGUUAUUUCAGCCCUGCUGCUGAGGCGUGCUACUGGCGGGCGCUGAUCCGGGGGUGGAGUGAGGUCGUGCGAGUCGAUGAGGGCGAGCUGGCGGAGGUCGGACCGGGCCAGACUUUCGAGUCCUUCGUGUUGACGAAUGGGGACUGA